CUUGCACCAAGAAUACAAAUCAAUACCGCAGCAACGCGACCGUAACGGUUUCAUCUAAAUUUAGCAGUACCUCGUCCAGGGUGGUCAUGGAGAGUGGUGUCGACGCGGCGUCGCCUGUGUCGGUAACCGAUGCAGUUCAACUGGACGUAGGUCCUCAGCCCGAGUUGCCAGUUGCGUACGUCGAACAGUUCCUUGCGGACGACGCGUGCGCGUCAAUCGUAGACGACUUGUGCAAUGGCAUCGCGCUGCAGUCCGAGGCCAAGCAUAUGGCCGUCCGAAUGCUGUCGUAUACUAGCGCGGACGUCGUCGCCCAGCUAUACGCCGCCGUGACGAUGGUUCUCAUCCCUCGAACUGAUUCGUUUGACAGAAUGGCACCGCCUGCGUCGUCGUCCGAGCCUCCGCCUGCAUCAAAUAACGACAGCACAAGUGGCUUUUUACGGGCGUUGGGUCGCGUGCAGACGUUCGUGACGCGGCGGCGUCACUCUGCCCAAGCGUACAUGGCCGGUACCAGCAUCGACGGGUCCGUGCACCUUCGCCAAGACGAACUGGUGCCAUUCCUCCACUCACUUCCGCUGUUCUUGACCAAGCGCGAGGUGGCUUUCAUUUCAAACCAAAGCACGAAAACCAGCAACACCGAGCUAGAUGUCCGGUUGGACGUCCACGACAUCACCAAACUCGUGGCCACGGCCAUCAAAAUCGCCAAAAAGAAGGCCGGGGCGUCCCCGUUUCGGCCGCCCGUCGUCUUCCCCUCGCCGGAGGAACCCACCGCGACCCCCCAUGACGUCCACGCCCCCAAGGAGCUCAAAGCCCGUCCCCCGGGGGACUCACCCGACAAGGACUCGACAACCCAUCUCACCACACAAUCGUCCACGUUUCGAUUUACGCACCACACUAGUACUACUAGCGUCCCAGGUGACAAACGAGGCACCAAGUACUCGAUGGCCGCGACGAUUCAAACGACCAAACUGUCGAUGGACGACGUGGACCUCCAUGUUAUGCUGGACACGUCGUCGCCAGACAAAGUGGACCAGGCGUCCAUGUCCAACAUCUUUUCGUUGGGCACGCCGCGCCAACUGAGUCCGCGGGAGCUCGCGCGAAGGCGGGACAUCUUGUCGUAUUUGGACUCGAUCCACGCGGCCGCCAUGCACGAAGACAUGCUGGCGAAGAAGAAGCAGGCGCUGCUGGAGCGGCCGGUGAACGUGGUCGAAGGCGACGUGCUGGAAAGCCCUAGCAGCCAGCAUUGCUUACCCUCGAAUCACGACUCGUUCUUGACGAUUGCGACCGCCUUUGACAUCCGAGACCCGCCCCAUCCUCACGGACAACCCAAAGCACACAAAUCCAAGCCGGUUGGUCGAAAACAGACCCAGGAAAACCUCGUGGAUCUCCCAAAAAUGGCAGAGGACGAAGCCAGUCCGCAGCCGAUCCCAGACUUUCACUUGCCUCAAAUCGACACCAACCGCCUCGAAGUCGGCGUCAAAGUCGUGUACCCCGGCAAAGAAAAGAUUGGCGGCAAGCGCAACCCAAGUCGAAACGCACGGCUCAAACUGCACAAUUACAACGUCAAGACCCCUCCCCACUUGCCGCCUGGGGACUUCAAUCCCCCACUCCCAGCCAAACCUACCGACGGCGGGGGCGUCAUAUUGCCCAAGCUCCCCGUGUCCCCCAUCAAAGCCAGCCAAACCCAACCCGCAAAACCCACAGUCCCCGCGGCGCCCCUGCUGAUGCUGCCGAAAUCCAUCGCCAGCCCCAUCAAGCCCCCCCCCUACCACGACGGGGAAAUUUCCCAGUACGCAGCGGGGACAUCGCCCCAGCGCGUGGCGAUAUCCCAUGCGCGAAUGCGGGGCAAGCCGCCUGUUCGAAGUCGGUUCAAGUUUUCAGACUCGCUGUUUCGACCGUCGCAGAAUUAAUCACGUUAAUCACCCCCCCGAUUGUCAUCACGGGGGGUUUGUGAGUUAUCCGGAUGUGACUGGUUGGACAUGGUCAAGUGCUUUUUCACGCCGAUGCUGGCUUGGUACCCCGUGUACAUGACAAAUCCGUACGGAUUGACCGAGCCGCCCGACACGAGGCUGCCGUCGCCUACAAACACGUUGGACGUCCCGCGCACCACCAGACUCGUGUCCGCGCACGACGAUGACGACGACGGAUGUGCGGAGCAUGUGCCGCCGAAGUGGUCUGUCACCAAUGUAUGCUGACGGACCCACUCGUGUGGGGAUUCUUCCCACGAUGACGAAGCGAUCGUAGCCUAAAACGUGGAGGGAGAGACUGUGAACACGACCAUGGGGGACGCAAUGGAUGAAUAUAGAGAAGGAUGGACAUG